GGAAGAAGUAUAUAAUAGAGAGAAUGGGAUUGGGAGGGCGCAUGAGCACGAUGGUGGGUACUCUCCUUAGAAAAGGGACCAUGAGUAUGAGUUAGGUAGUCUCCUUCCUCGUCUCUUCCCUGAUCUCAUUCUCAUUUAAUUUCCCCCUUCCCCUUCACAAACAUUCCUAACAGAAAGAAAAGCAAGCAUUAAACGUAGAGAGAGAAAGAGGUAUGGGGAACUGUCAGGCGGUGGAGGCGGCGGCACUGGUGAUCCAGCACCCAUGCGGGAAGCUGGAGAGGAUGUAUUGGCCCCUCAGCGCUACCGACGUCAUGAAAGCCAACCCCGGCCACUAUGUUUCUCUCAUCAUUCCUUUGACCAUUCCCGGCGCCGAUAAUCGCUACACGCGCGUUAAGCUUCUCCGCCCCACCGACAAGUUGCUUCUCGGUCGGGCCUAUCGCCUUCUCACCACUCAAGAGGUGAUGAAAGUGGUGAGAGCAAAGAAGCAUGCAAAGAUGAAGAAGAACAUGUCGGAAUCAGGCCAUUUGCAAGACUCUGCGCCGCCGGAGACCAACCGUCAUCAUGAGGGUGCAACACACCGCCAGCGGCCCACCGUAGGCGGCGGAGGAAGGCCCAAAUCGUGGCGGCCGUCUUUACAGAGCAUAUCUGAGGCAUCCAAUAAUUAAUCCAAUUUUCAAUAAUUAAUUUUAGUCGUUAAUUUUGUAUAGCUACUAGAUAUUAGACUACCAAAAUACUGACUCCCUCCUUCAACAUAACACCCACUCAUUUUUAUGAUUACCAAUUAAUCAAUCACAAUUUUAUAUUAA